CUCCUCCUCCUCAAUUUCAAUUACACACAUUCAUCCAUCUUCUUCUUCCUAAAGCUUUUUUUAGGGUUUCCAUUGUUCCCGAUUAACAAAUUCAGCUUCAAUGUCUGGAGGAAAUUCCAAUUGCACCGUCUACAUAGGGAACGUAGAUGAGAGAGUAAGCGAUAGGGUUUUGUAUGAUAUCAUGAUUCAAGCUGGUAGAGUAAUCGAUCUACACAUACCUCGUGAUAAAGAAACUGAUAAACCUAAAGGCUUUGCCUUUGCUGAGUUCGAGACUGAAGAAAUCGCUGAUUACGCUGUUAAGCUUUUCUCUGGACUUGUUUCUCUCUACAGUAGAACUCUCAAGUUUGCUAUAUCUGGACAGGAUAAGUUGCAGGUGAACUCCGGUAAUAGAAUGAGACCUCAGCCUUUGGCUUUCGAGUAUUCAGAUAGAGCUGCUUAUCAUUCAGAGAGGUUUUCGUCGCAAUUGAUCUCUCCGCCUUCACCUCUGCCUUUGGAUUACACACAAGAGCCACCUCCACCAGGAGUAUCAAAUGGAGCAAGUUUGGAGUAUAGUAGAAGAGUUCUUGGUUCAGCACUAGAUAGUAUCAACCAUUCAAGACCACGUCGCUACUGAAACAGUGAUAACACUCUCCUUUCUCUUUGUUAGAAUGAUUGUAUGAUAAUCAAUAUUGAGAUGAAGAAGAAGAAGAAGUUGUGAUUGUAAUGAUCUACGGAAUGAGAAAAGACAACAAACUGGAAGAUUUGUAGAAGUGAUGUAAACCUUUCUUUUAUUAUAAGACAGAUAUUUCUGUUGUUGUUUUAUGACAAAAAGUACCUUUAACU